AUGAAGCAAGUCCGCUGUGGGUGAUCAAGGAAAUGCUUCGCUGCCAGACUGACAAAAUGAAACUUCUAUUAGUGUUUGCGUCCAUUCCCCUUUUUAUCUGCCAGAGCCUGGGAGAAUUGAUCCAAACGACUGUAGGGGAAGAUGUUAGGUUUUCGCUCUCAGAGGAGUGCAAGAAGGGAGAAGGCACUCUGCAUCAGCGGCUGGAUGAUGCCAGCACUCAGCUGGUUGCAUCUCUUAAUGGAGUCUGGAAAUCGGAGCGAGGUUACACUAGACGAGUGAUUGCAAGAGGCGAUUCUCUAAUCUUGAAAAAUGCAGAUUUCAACGACAGCGGACAUUAUGAGUUUACCUGCAACAAGAAAGAUCUGGAAGCCUACAAACUGGAAGUAUUUCUACCGUUUGAAGUUGUUGUGACCGAGGGCAAGGAUGCCAUCCUCCCGUGUCGCUCCAUCACAGCGGGCCAGUCGGUGAAGUCUGUGCGCUGGAGAAGAAGCAGGGAAGUGCUGCUCCAUCUGAAUGCUCAGUCGGGGGAAAUCAUAUACGGGAAUGGCUUUGGUGAAAGCCGGGUAUCGAUACCCUCAGACUGGCACCAACGAGCAGACCUGUCUCUCACCAUAAAACAAGCUCAGCUGAAAGAUGAGGGAGUUUAUUACUGUGAUAUGGAGAAGAUGCGCCGGCAUCGCUCUGCUGUCCGCUUGCAAGUCCGCAAACCACCGCCAUCAGAGUCCUCCUCCCAUUGGGUAUGGACCACAAUCCUCAUAACAGCAGCUGUAACAUCUGGGAUCAGUGGUCCUCUGGCUUUCUAUUUGGGCCGGAAAGCCAAGCCCACACAUGCCUGAAGAAACCAGAGGAGACAGUGACUGAACAGUCCAAUGAGUGGGCCAAAGGGGUAUCCUUCUGUUGCUGUUGUUUGGGUUUUUGUUGUUGUUGUUUGUUUUUAUAAAUGAUCAAUCAUCAAGAGAACAGUGCAUCUCUACAAAUGACCCUGUAAAGCUCUACUGCCAAAAAUAAAAAUAAUAAACAAAAAAGUCUUCAGAGGUGCAUAAUGAAAAUCAAGGACACAUACAAGGUUGACAUAAACUAAUGUCCUCUUAUAAACCUGAACUUUCUGUAGUACGGUACUUUUUGU